CCGCAUCAGCACCACUGCGGCCGCAGCGCCAUCUUGUUCUUCUGGCGGGGAAGAAGCGGCAGCGGCAGCGGCGAUGGAGCGGCGCUGAAGCGGCAGAGCAGCAGCGACUAACCGGCCUGACGCCUCCCCCUCCCUUCCCCUUUUCCCCCGUGCUGAGAAAGUGCCGAGACGAUGUUUUAUGCUCACUUUGUCCUCAGCAAACGUGGGCCGCUGGCCAAAAUCUGGCUGGCGGCCCACUGGGACAAGAAGCUGACCAAGGCCCACGUGUUUGAGUGCAAUCUGGAGAGCAGCGUGGAGAGCAUCAUCUCACCCAAGGUAAAAAUGGCCUUACGAACAUCGGGACAUCUGCUGCUGGGGGUGGUGAGGAUCUACCACAGGAAGGCCAAGUAUCUACUGGCAGAUUGCAACGAGGCUUUCAUUAAGAUUAAGAUGGCAUUUCGACCAGGUGUGGUGGAUCUUCCCGAGGAGAACAGAGAGGCAGCUUACAACGCCAUCACGCUACCGGAGGAGUUCCACGACUUUGACCAGCCGCUGCCAGACUUAGAUGAUAUCGAUGUGGCUCAUCAGUUCAACCUGAACCAGAGCAGAGUGGAGGAGAUCACCAUGAGAGAGGAGGUCGGGAAUCUCAACUUACUGCAGGACAAUGACUUUGCUGACUUCGGGAUGGAUGACCGGGAGAUGAUGCGGGAGGAGAGUGCGUUUGAAGUGGACCUGAUGGGGGCGUCAGCCUCCAACCUGCUGCUGGAGGUGGAGGGGGGGGCUAAUGAGAUAGCUGAAAAGGCCAACCACCUGGAGUAUGACGACCAGUACAAAGACGACUUCGGAGACAACCCAAUGGAGAGCAACGAGGGGGGGAUGCUGGUAGACAAACUGCUGAGUAAUGAGGAUGGCGGUGGCAUCUUUGACGACCCUCCUCCCAUCGCAGAGAGUGUGAUGAUGCCCCAGGAACAUGGAGAAGAGGAGGAUGAGUUUGAUGCUCUCUCAGCGGGAGCUCCGGACAGUCCUGACUCGGCCCCGACGGAGCCUCUUCCCGCCAUGACGGACCAGACGGAGCAAACUCCGCUCGUCCACAACGAGGAGGAAACCUUCGCCCUGGAGCCCAUCGACAUCACAGUGAAGGAGACAAAGGCCAAACGUAAGAGGAAGCUGAUUGUCGACAGCGUAAAGGAGCUGGAUAGUAAAACUAUCCGUGCACAACUCUCUGACUACUCCGACAUCGUCACCACUCUGGAUCUGGCUCCUCCUACCAAGAAACUCAUGAUGUGGAAGGAGACGGGGGGAGUGGAGAAGCUCUUCUCCCUCCCGGCUCAGCCGCUCUGGAACGCCAGGCUGUUGAAGAUGUUUACCAGAUGUCUGACACCACUGGUACCAGACGAGCUGAGGAAGAGGAGGAAAGGCGGAGAGGCCGACAGUCUAGAUGAGUUCCUCAAAGAUCUGGAGAACCCAGAGGUGCCGCGAGAGGAAACCACAGGCCCCCAGCAGAUUAUAGACCAGACCAUCAUGGAAGAGGCCAGUGCUCUGCAGACUUCAGCCGUGGAAGGGAGUCGGACAACGCUGGACGAGUCGGUCAUGCCGCCGCCGUCUUCCCAACGAGGCCUGAAGCGUAAAUCCCAGGACACGGAGCCAGCCCUGCCCAUGGGUGCACUGGAUGAACAACAGCCGCAGCAGCAGCAGCAGCAGCAGCAGGGAUCCAAAGCUGCCCUGGUCUCCCAGCCGCUGGAGGCGUCCACCGUGAGUCUGCCCCCAGAGGAAACCACCCACAUCAGCCAGCUCAUAGAGCUGGACCUGCUGGCCGACAAGGACAAGAAGAAGAAUGAGGAUGACUCUGAUGAAGAGGAGGAGGAGCCACAGGGAGGAGACCAGGACCAGGAGGAGAGGAGGUGGAACAAAAGAACCCAGCAGAUGCUUCAUGGUCUGCAGAGGGUGAUGGCCAAAACAGGCACCCAGUCCGUCAGCCUGCUGGAUCUGUGCAGGAACAACAACAGGAAGCAGGCGGCGGCCAAAUUCUACAGUUUCCUGGUUCUGAAGAAGCAACAGGCGGUGGAGCUGGUCCAGGAGGAGCCUUACAGCGACAUCGUAGCCACACCAGGGCCUCGCUUCCACAUCAUCUGAAACACUCUGCUCUGCUCUGGGGGGACGGGGGACAAACAUGAGGAGGUUUUCUACAUCAAAACAUUAAAGGGGACCUAUUAUGAAAAACACUUUUUUUCUUGCUUUAACAUAUAUAAAGUGGUCUCCCCUCAACCUGCCAACUCAGAGAAGGAGGAACGCAACCAAAUUCUGCAGUGUCUGUACAGCCGCCCGGAUGAGCCGUCCAGUGUGAUGUGGAUCUACGAGCCAAUAAGAUUCUGCUCCCGUCGUUACGUAACUAAAAUGCAAACUACGCCCACAACUAAACACCGUGUAACUGCAUGAGCGUCCAACUAUCGUAGCACUGCGUGACAUCGUCUCUCUGUCCAUCUCCCUCCAGCAGCUGCCACUUUAUUGAGGUUUUUGUAGUGAAAUGAGGAGGAAUCAUAGAGAUAACUUCUCAUUUCAACUAACUGGAUCAGCCGUUCCUCAUCCAUGACCGUUUCAUACAGCGCUUUUAACCGGCUUCCAACGUGAGCGGCAGGAAGAAAAUAGAAGCAGGGCGUCCGACAAAUGUUCAGCUCAAAACGGCGCUGCGUCGCGCUGCGCUGCGUCGCGCUGCGCUGCGUCGCGCUGCGCUGCAGCCAGUUAGGACAGUCCAAUAGAAAAUAAAGCAAACAGAUGGAUGGAAUUGAUUUUGUCGCUGACGCUCGCUCGCAUCGCAUGCAGUUAGGACACGGUGUAAAGGCUGAUUUAUGGUUCCGCCUUAAAUCCACGCAGAGCCAACACCGUACUCUACGGCGUAGGCUCUGCGUUGAUUUAACGCGGAACCAUAAAUCAGCCUCAACUCCGCCGGCCGGAGCUUCUGCCAUUUUUCCGUAGCGGUGUAUUGCGUCAUUCAGGCAGCCAAUCAGCACAGAGCCUCAUUAUCAUAGCCCCGCCCACUCAGAAUCCCGCAUAGAUAAUGAGGUUAGAGAAUGGGAAGAUAAAGACAUGGUUUAGAGGCUGAAUUUCUAAUUUAUUUAGCAAAAACAAUCAAAAGCUUGUUUUUAAGACAUUCAAGGCCUGUUUAAAAUAGGUAUCAGAUGCCAUAAUAGGUUUCCUUUAAGCACAAAAAGAAACCUUUUGUUGGAUCAUUUAUUUACUUAAUGUAAAUGUUACAAUAAAAGGUGCAGUUCUAUCAUUAGCAUGAAACAGUUAAGUAUCGUGACUUUUGUACACAGGCUGCAAAAAAAGGUAUUGCCAAAUACAACAGAAAUAGGAUACAGCUUAGAGAAAAUAGCUUGGGCCUAGGGGGUGAUGAGAGCAUGAGCUGUCUGCCCAACAUGCAUGCUAUCUUGUGCACCUUGUCCAGAAACAGCCUUUUUUAACCGUUCAAAAUGAUUAUAUAUCUGUUAUACAUAUUUAGAUCGUCCUUAUCGUAUCUUUUAUGUAUGAGAUUGAUCACUUAGUUACAUCAGGGCAACAACAUGGUGAGGCAUAGUCCUAAUCAUUUAAUGGUUUAAUGGUACUUUGUUGCUUAUUUACUAUUGACAUAUACAGAAUUAUGAAACUUAAUACAAUUAAACAUUUUUAUUUGAAAGCAGAUUUGAUUACUAUUCUACAGAAUGAUGUGUUAGUAAAUUGAGUCUGGGUAGAAAAUAUUACAGGUCAUGAAGAGCAAAUGGGGAGAUCAUUAAGUCACUGUGUCCACAUUUCUCCUCCUUGUGUAUCUAAUUCUGUAGAACUUUACUGUUUUUGAUACCCAUGUAACUGCACAGCUGCAAUGUCUGAGAGUAUUUUAAACUAUGUGCCUGUAAACUUGUUGUAAAUGAGCAAAGACAAAUCAUUUCAAUUGUAAAGAUGUUGUCUCAGAGUAAUUUUAGUCCAGUUCUUGUAAGUUGUUUUUUUAAAUA